CCUCUCGGUCUCGCGAUCGUGAUACGAAGUACGAAACGAACGAACAAGACAACUGUUUAUGUAAACUUUCUGUCAAGUGUUGUGGUUUGUUAAUAGUGUUUCACUAAAAAAGUAUUUAAGUUAUUUUAUAAAAGUAUGUACAUGGAUUAGAUCUAAUUUAUUUAAUAUCUGAAACUCGAAUUAUCUAGUGUUUUAAUAAGCUCUAUAUGUGUUAAGUGAUUCGUGUAACCAUAUGAUUUAUAAAACAAAUUCAUCAACAGGUUGAUAACAAAAAAUAAGCGUGUGUGUGUGUUUUUUUAAAUAUCGUAAUAAAAUAUACAUCUGUGUCAGAGCCUUAGUCAAUAUUCUAUAGUAAUUUAAAAAAACAUGUGUUUUCUUUUAUAAGUUAUAGUAUUUAUCAACAUAAAAGUUCGGACAUAAUUUCGUUUACAAAAAUGUAUUUGAAGAAUUUGAAAUAAUGUUAGCACAGCCAAAAAAUAGAGUGCAAGCUAUUAAAAGUAAAUUCGAGAGUUUAAAAACCGAGAGCGAGGUUCUGGUUGUCAGGAAAAAGUCGACCCAACUGAAUAAACAAGACACAAAUGAGUGCAAGGAUAAAAUUAACGGUGAAAUUAUCGAAACAAUUUCGUCAAAGGAAAAUAGUAGGAAUGAUUCAGACUCAGAUGAGUGGUCUCCAAAACCUAAUUCCAGUUAUUUGUACAGUAAAAAUGAAGUGAAACGCAGCUUGAGCGAGACCAAACCGACCCUAGUGAGGCAGACAAGUGAUCCUUGCAAAAAGCUAUACCGAAGUCACGCCUUCCGGUGUGAUAGAAGCCAGAUUAUCAAUCAGAGUCCAAAACGUCACGGCAGUUGCAACGGUAGAUCUGAAACCAGUGAUUUUACAUUAAAAAUGGGCGAUAAGAAGUUAAGUAAGGAACGCUUGAAACAAUUAGGAAACUUCCUUGAAGUUCAAAUGAAAAAGGAGAAUUUUUGUCCAAAUACAAGCUCAAAUGAUUCCAUUGUUGUCGGUGAGGUCAAUGAACUCCCUGAUUCAAUACCUGAUUCUCAAGUUCCGAAGCAUAUACUUGAUCAGUACGCUAAGGUUUUGAAAAAUAAGAAUAAAGCCGAAAAUAGACAAGACUCCAUGACAGACAGUGGUGUUAGCUCAGAAACUGAAAUAGUUGAAGAUGAUAAAUCGAAUAAAAUUAAAAAACUAGUAUCCCAGUAUGAAAAAAUUGAUGUCCCCCAAGAAAUCAAGGUAUCUAAAGCAAAUUUAGAAUCUAUGAAUGAUCUCUGUGCUUCCAGUGAAACUAUGAAAUUAGAACGUAAGAAUCCACAUUUAAUUCUAACAGACACAUUGAAAAAAGCUUUAAAACAACCAUUGCCCCCUGGACCUCCACCUAAAAAACCACCACGUAUAUUCGCGGGACCAUCUAUACCAGAAUCUCCUGAAAAUAAUAAAAAAGAUGCAAAGAAAAUGUUGGAAAAACUAGAACAGGUGCUACAGAAACGUGAAGCUCAAGUUCCAAGUCAAAGCAAUAAUAUAUAUGACAUUGCUGAAACAGAUCAAACUGUUGAUAAGCCUAAAGAAAUGCAUUACCUUUGCACAGAGAUUCUAGAUAUAACCCAUCGGACAUUGACUCCUAACAACCAAAAGGAUCCAUUUUCGAAAUGUUUUAAUUCUUUAAACUGUGCCAUAAUAACUAACAAUUCAACGUUAAGCUUGCCAUAUACAAGAUUAAGUUCCCACAAUCGUGACUCUCUCAAUAUUUGCUGCAGUAAUGAAAAUGUAGAUAUGAAUAAUUUAAGUACAUUUUUAAGUAAUAAGUGCCUUAAAUGUCAAUCGAACGACAAAACAGACGGUUUUAAGUGUCAUUUAAAUUGUGAUUGCAAAGAGAAAAAGUCUGAAUUCUUCGUUAAAAAAGAACAUAUAUAUGAUGUGCCGUUCGUUGAUAAGAGUUUGAGCAACGACAAUCACUAUGGUACGUUGAACUCAUUGAAAUUACAAGGGAGUCACAGUCGGAGUAUGGAAGACUUGCAGUCCAGGAAUUUUGAUGAUGAUCAAAAGAUCUACGAUGUUCCGUGUGAGAUAUCCCGUCCGCCGACUCCAGAUUUAAUUAAAUCUGACUUUCAAAGGCUACGUGAUAAUUUCGAGAAUGCGACCCAUAAAACCAUCAUACAACCAAUUAAUUUGGACGAGAGAGCCGUAGACCCAAAGCCGAUCAUGAGCAAGAAGAUUUGGAAGUCGUCGGAAAACGUUACGGAGGAUUUCAAGAAAGCGAAACGACAAAUUGAGAAGAAGUUCGCAACGGAUGUCAAGAGGUACAAACGGAAUGAGAGAGGAUCGAAAAUUUCCCUAAGUUUGCCGAGGAGGGAGUCCCAGCUCGAUGUGGAUAGAGAAAAUCUGAACCGUCUGAUGACGGAGAUCUACGAGACUGUAAAGGCAGCUUGCAACAUGGACGAGAACAAACCGGGGAGCUUCCCCACUGAUCUUUCAGACGCAGCCAGUGAAGAAUCAGUAACCCUUACAAGAAGUCUGACAGAGAAGAGGAAGAACUACGUCCGUCGAGUUUCAUCGAGGGUGGCAUAUUUAGACAAGAAUGUCAAAACACGUUUCAGACACCAAACAUCUAUCUGUUCGUACAAAUCAGAAAUCUUAGACAAUCCAUACUCCACAUUCCGAUCCUGGAAAAGUUUUAGAACGUCACAGAGCAACUUGGCCAGGGAUAAAAUGGAUCGUCACGAUUCCACUGAUUCGAAGAUCAACUUGACAGAUUCUAGUGGUAACAUGUUGUCCAUAAAGGACAUGGUCAGCGAUGAUUCCUUGGAUAAUUUGAGCAUUGAUGAGAAAACGGGCUGUGUGGAUAUUGAUCUGCCCUUCGUGCCCAGGGAUAAGGGUCUGUUCAAUAUAUGUCUGCUGGUCGGAUUGAAUUAUAUGACCGGCGAGGCGUACGUCAAGAGCGUUUUUCCGAGUCAGGUACAAGUACCGCCACAUAUAGAAAACUUAAUAUUUCCGGAAACAAUAAGUUCUGGAACAAUCGGCGAAUGGGCGACAGAGACGGCCGCACAGUGCUACUCGCUCGUACUUACAGAUGAGAGGGGGGAGAGAGCCUAUGGUUACUGCCGCCGGGUGCUCCCAGAGGGCGCUACUACGUGCCUCCCUCUCUGCUAUUGUCUCAUUGGGAAAUACAGAGCGCCUGGUUUUUAUUAUAAGGUAUUACAAGAGAUAGAGUCACACCACGGUAAUUCUGAGGUCGAAAUCAAUCAAAUACUACAACAAUUAUUUGAAACCGAUUUCCCGAAUCCAGGGGAACAGAUAUCAAUAACGUACACGAACGUCAAUAAGGAUAGGACGAGGAGUUUAGGUGACAUACACAAGUGCAAAACUAUGCCUGACCCCAGACGCAACGAGAGCACGAUGAACGUGUCAGUCAGGAAGGACUUGUCAGGGUCAGACAGUCCGGAGCUCACGGAGAGAGAGAGUGAGACGGAGAGUCAUGAGUUGCCGGAGUAUUACGAUUUGGAGAAUAAUAAUCGUCCGAGACUAUUAAGCAUAGAGAGGCCCAGGACAAGGAUUAUAAAACGUCCCUUGGAUCCAAGAGCCGAUGAGGACAACGUGUCAAUUUUAUUGGACACAUUCGGUGCUGGUCUCGUGAUUAAGGUCUUUGGUUCGUUACUCUUGGAGCGAAAAGUUAUCGUCAUGGGUGAUGAAUUGAGUGUCAUCUCUUCGUGUAUGGAAGCGUUACAAAGCGCUCUGUAUCCCUUCGUGUGGCAGCAACCGUUAAUAUCGACCAUCCCUUCCCAGAUACAGAGGGAUGUCCUCACAGCGCCGCUCCCGAUAUUAGCAGCGAUGCUAUCAGACCACAACCCCGCUCAGAUCGAGGAGGGCAUGCUCAUCGAUCUAACCCACCCAUCAAAGGUCCUGUUCUACCAGGGGGAUGAAUCGACCAUCCUCCCAACGGCCAGCUACAAGACCCUGAAGACCUCUUUACAUAUGGAGUCAAUAAAACACAAGGACAAACACGAAGACACGAAAACGAGAAAUGUUAUGAUAUCAGAAGCGUUUUUGAGAUUUUUCGUCGAUAUUUUGGGUGAUUUCUGGAAGUUCUUCGCCGUUGGCGAAAUUGGGGACAGUGAUUUGGGGAAGAACGGGGUAGUGUUUGAUAAAGAAGCCUUCAUCAAGAACUCAAGUUCGAAGCAAGUGCAAUACUUCCUGGAGUGGUUCACAGAAACAGCAAUGUUCAACCAUUUCAUACAGAACAUGGCGACGUGCUACCACGACCUACCGUUACCGAACGAUUACAUCAAUAAAGACUUAGUCGACACUCCCCUACCGAACUUCUACGAACUGUUUCACGAAAGAGUUAAAAGUCGCAGUAAAACGCAAAAUCAAAAAAGUGAUUCCAAGUUGAAUUACAAAAACGCAGUUAAUAAAAAAGUUAAAAUGUUAAAAACUAAACUAAGAGAUCUUGUUGCGUAAAUAAUUAAUAUAUUGCUAGUUUGAAAGGUGCCUUAAAAAUCGUAUUGAAUUAUUAUUUUUUGUAAUUGAUAUGUACUGUCAGUCUGAUUAUUGCCUUAUUAAAAAAUUAGGACAUAUC